AGAAAGGACCAGCCAAUGGGGGAUGCUGAUAGCAUCAACCUGCUGCCAAUGAUUGCUCCAGGUGGUAACCGGAGAGCAGCGGCUCAACACCAGCUGCCGUCUCCAAUUUAUUCUGGUCCUUCACUAAACGGGUGUAUCGUCGUCGAAAACGGUCAUUCAGCUAACGGUUCCUCUGCUGCCGGUCUUUCAGCUAACGGCUCUUCAUUUAACGGUCUUUCAGCUAACGGUCCUGCAACGAACGGUAGUUCAGCAAUCAGCCCUUCAUCUAACGCUCCUGAAACGAACGGUCCUUCAGUAGAAGCCAAGACUUUCAACGGUGUUCCAUCAACGUUCUUGUCAGGGGAAAAUAAUUCUAGAACGUACAUCCCGAAUGGUGACGUUGUAAACUGUGCUCCUGAUGACGGAUACUUGUGUCAAACUAACGCCAAAGAAAAAGACUUGCCCUCAAUCUCUAAGAAAUUCUCUCUUUCAGAUUCUGUUCAAUUUAGGUCUAUAGAAGCUAAUUACAGUGACAUAAAUUCUCCUAACAAUAAAGUAGAAAUUAUCAAAUCGUUGCGAGACAAGGAUAGUUUACGAAACGGAUCAUCUGAUCUUUUUGCUGUGCAAUCUUGUGCUGAGGACAUCAACUUGAGCGAGCCUUGUGACCGCGUGUCUAGAAACUGUACUGUUGUUGAGCUCGGCGUAAGUGAAGACAAACCCAUCCUGCGCGACUCGUGUUACGGUCAAGUCAACGGAAGCUAUUGUGAUUUAAAGAAGAGUGAUCCCGCUGUAACUUUAAACAUGCCUCCUAACACAACGAACGCUCGAGGAGCUGCUGGACCAGCGCCCUCUACCGACGACGUGGGCGCUUCAGCAGCCUCCAACGGCCCGCUCGGCAGCGAGAGCUUGUCGUCUCAGCUCAUGCACUCACCACACCAUCUCCCACAGUUCUCAUGGAGCGGAGUGGAGUCGGUAGCCGAGUUCUACAGAGGGCGUGCCCUGCUGAUCACGGGGGCGACAGGCUUCAUGGGGAAGGUGCUGGUUGAGAAGCUCCUGCGUUCCUGUCCCGCCGUCGGAAAAAUCUUCCUGCUCAUGAGAUCGCGCGGCACCAAGGACGUUCAGACGCGCCUUCAAGAGCUACUCAAAUCCCAGGUGUUUGACACUGUGCACGCGACGUGUCCCGAGGCUCUGUUGAAGGUGGCUGCUGUUGAAGGAGACAUUCUCGAGCCUGGGCUCGGCCUGUCAGAAGCUGACACUCAAAUGCUCGUACAGAACGUAAGCGUUGUCUUCCACGCAGCCGCUACAGUAAAGUUCGACGAAGUCAUCAAACUCUCCCUCAAGAUGAACGUGCUCGGCGUCAAGAGAAUAAUAGAACUCUGCAAGAAAAUGAAGAAUCUCGUGAGUCUGGUGCACGUGUCGACGGCGUACUGCAACUGUGACCGCAACGAGGUGGAGGAGCUCGUGUAUGAUCCCCCCAGCGAUGCCGAGGCUCUUCUCAAGCUCAUCGACCUCAUGGACGAUGACCUCUUCAAUCACCUCACCCCCAAACUGAUUGGGAAGCGGCCGAACACAUACACGUUCACCAAGGCGCUGGCGGAGCACGUGCUGGUUACAGAGGCGCGAGAUCUGCCCGUGGCCAUCGUUCGGCCCAGCAUCGUGUCUGCGGCGUGGCGGGAACCCAUACCGGGUUGGGUGGACAACCUGAACGGCCCUACAGGUCUGAUUGUGGGCGUAGGCAAGGGCAUGCUGCGCUCUAUCCACUGCCAUGGGGAACUUGUCGCCGACCUCAUCCCUGUUGACAUCCCAAUCAACCUGCUCAUCGUCACCGCCUGCUACACUGCCAUGCGCAGAAGUAAGGGCGAGAUGAAGGUGUACAACUGCGUGUCGGGCAUGGAGCGUCCAAUGAAGUGGCGGGAGAUGACAGAGUACGGCAUGGUCGCCCUCAAGACCUCAGCAGCGAUGACGGACGCUGUGUGGUACCCCAGCCUCAACUUGUCCGACUCGCGACACAUCAACGCCAUCAGCGUCAUCAUCCAGCACUGGGCGCCUGCUUAUGUUCUCGAUGCCAUUGCCAGAAUCGCAGGGAAGAGACCUAUGUGA